CCUCACUGCUGACAAUCGACGCCUCAAAACAGUUGUGGACGGUUCCAGUUCUCACACACGUGGUGCUCCUGGCUGCCGGGCUGCCAGGCCAGAGACUGCAGAGCUUCAGGAGGGAUGAGGAUGCAGCGUGAACCCUCGCUCCUGAUCAUGAUGCUGCUGCUGCUGCUGCUGCUGCUGGGCGGCCCCCCGGCCCCCGUCCGGGGGUGCGACUUUGCCCAGACGGUGUGCGGGGCUCACGCCCCCGGCGACAUCCUGCUGGGCAUCAUGCAGCCCUGCCACCGGAAAGUGACGGCGGUGCAAGACCGGGUCAGCCCUGGAGCCUUCCACUGCUCAGACUUCGACCUGUCGUCGCUUGUGAGAUCCAUGGCCGUCAUCCACGAGAUCCAGCAGGUGAAUGCGGCCGGGUUCCUGCCGGGUCUGCGUCUGGGGUACCUGCUGUGCGACACGUGCUCGUACGCCAGCAAGGCACUGCUGAAUGCGGAGCACAUGCUGGCGUUCAACCGCUCCAACCACCUGGAGUGUGACAACUCUGACUUCAGGCCGGCUGUCAAGGUGGUUCUAGGAGCGCAGUACUCUGAGGUGACCAUCGCUCUGGCCAAGCUGCUGAACGUCUACAUGGUCCCUCUGCUGAGCAGUGCAUCGACGUCCCCAGAGUUGAGCGACAAGCUGCUUCACCCCGCUUUCAUCCGGACCGUCCCCAGCGACAUACACCAGACAAAAGCCAUCGCCAGCAUCAUGAGCUACUACGACUGGAACUGGGUCGGGGUGGUGUACGGGGACGAUGACUACGGAAAAGCGGCGUUCCAGAGCUUCCUGUGGGAUGCCGAAGAGAACGGCGUGUGUCUGUCCUACCAGGAGACUUUGCACCAUUACCUCGAUCAUUCCCAAAACGACCGUCGCAUCCAGCAGGUGGCCGAGGUGAUCCGCUCGUCCCGCGCUCAGGUGGUGCUGCUCAUACUCAAGGCGGAGCUGGUGGAGCUGCUCUUCAAGGAGAUGCUGAAGACGAACACGUCUCGGGUGUGGAUAGCCAGCGACGCCUGGUCCAGGAGCUCGGCCAUCGCUCAGAUGGAUGGAAUCAAUGAAGUUGGGGACAUUUUGGGUUUCACCUUUGUCUCCUUCAGGAGCCAAUCCUUCGAUGACUUUCUGACGAAUCUCACGGUGACUGAAGGAGGAUACAACUUCUUCAUUGAGGAAUAUAAGAACUUGAGGUCCAACUGCUCUGCUGAAUGUGGCUCCAGUAAUCCUCCGUCCAAAUGUGUAGAUCUGUUGAAGUAUGCAUGUGAUUCAAGUUACUCCCCGGAUCAAAAGGACGAUUACCUCCUCAAGGCGACUGAUACCAGCGAACCCUUCCCGCACCGAGUUGCUGUGUGGGCCGUAGCACACGCUCUCAAAAAACUACUCAGGUGCAACAGUUCCUCGUGUUCCGGAGAAGUCGACUUUCCUCCGUGGAAGCUCCUCCAGGAACUCAAAAACAUCAGGUUUGAAUUUGAGAACCAGAUGUAUUUCUUCGACAAAAAUGGCGACUUUGUGAAUGGCUACGAUCUGAUUUUGUGGGAAAAACAUGGCUCUGGACGAAGACUUGAAAAGUUUGGGAAAUACAGCAUCCUAAAUAAUCGAAUAGAACUGGAUGGCAAAGAAUUCACUUGGCUUUCAACCGAAAAUGUAUCGACUCCUCAGUCCAGGUGCUCGGAGAGCUGCCGUCCUGGAUGGGUGAAGAAGAUCCUGAACAUAUCCUGCUGCUACACCUGCAUCGAGUGUGAGGAGGGGACCUACUCAGAGGACUGGGAUGUUCAGGACUGUAAGACGUGUCCUAAUGAGACUUGGUCUCUGAAGGGAUAUACUCACUGCCGGCCCAGAUCAGAGUUCUUCCUACGCUGGACCGAGCCUCAUCCUCUCACCAUGAUUGCCGCUGCCGCCUUCGGGGUUUUGCUCUUGCUGGUUAUCUUAGUUAUCUUUUUGGUGUACAGGAACUCGCUGCCCAUGAAGCAAGCCGAGGUGCGACUGUCUUGUGUGAUGAUGGCCGGUUUAGCGGUGAGCUUUGCGAGCGUGGUUUUGUUCAUGGGCAGACCCACCGUGCACAUCUGCAGGGCCCGGCAGACCAUGUACGCCAUGGGCUUCACUCUGUGCGUUUCCUGCAUCCUGGUGAAAGCCUACCGCACCUUCCUGGCUUUCCUCCCCUUUGGACAGCUCUUGCACAAGCGACUACACAAACUUUACAAGCCACCUGUCAUUAUUGUUGUGCUGACAAGUCUCCAAGCGGUCAUCUGUCUUCUCUGGCUCAUCUUCGAUUCCCCUGACGUCGACGACAAGCCUCCGUCUGCACAAAGUAUGAGGAAAGUCCUGGAGUGCAAAGAAGGGAACACCUACAUUGGCUUUGGCGUUAUGCUGGGUUACAUAGCCCUGCUGGCAUUGAUCGGGUUCCUCUUGGCGUUCAAAGGUCGGAAGGUUCCUCAGGAGUUCAGCGAAACGGGCUACAUAAUCUUCAGCAUGCUCAUGUACCUGUUUGUGUGGGUGUGCUUCAUCCCCGUCUACAUCACCAGCGAGGAGGACGGCACCCGCGUGCAGGCGUCCGCCAUUUUAGUGUCUAGCUACGGCAUCAUCUUCUGCCACUUCUUGCCCAAGUGCUACGCGGCGCUGUGGGCAUCCAAAAGCGACACCAUGGAAAACAUCCUGGACCGAUGGCGAGCUAAGUCUGAGAAGGAAGACAGAGACGGAGCUACCCCGCCCUCAGAGAGGAGCGUGACGCUGUCAACAACCAGCACGUCCAGCUUCCUGUGGCGCUCAGAGACUCAGAGCACCAUCACUUCCCGGCUCUCAGACGUCAGCUGUGACUCGGUGUGUUUCCCACCUCUGCCUUCCCGGUCAGGAUCAGUCGUGACCAAAAGAACCCGGAGUUUAUCUCUCUGAUAGUCAGUCUAGACCAGGGGUGUCCAACCCAGUUCCUGCAGGAUCCAAUGAUUCUGUCCUCAUCGGGCGCCGAGCAGAGCCCAGUAGCGAGUCUGUCACUGCAGCAGGUGUGUCGAAGGAGCAAAAGAACGAGAACCUGCUGGAUCCAGGUUCUGCAGGAACAGGGUUGGACACUUGUGGUCUGGAGUGAUCACAUCAGCACUUUAUUCAUGUUUCUCAAACGUCCGUCACCUGAAAGUUUCAAGAUGGAGUUCCAAGUUAAGAAGAACAACAUAAAACUAAUAUAUUCUUCAAUAUGCUGGACGUAGAAGUACAAUAUCCCAAUUCAAAUGAAGGUCAAAUCAGUGCUGUCAAUUUUAAUCGUAUUAAUUGCAAUUACUUAAUGGAGGGCAUCCUGUGGUGUCCAUGUUCUGGGACUGGCCUUCCCUUGAGCAGCUCAACUUUGCAAUGUUGGAUGUUUGAAAUCCCACUUUAGUGAGUUUUCUGAUGAGACACUGCUCCACUGAAGUUAAAGGAUUCAGACAAAGACAUUUUUGUGCAUUAAAUCAGUGCUUUUGUGUGUUGAUAUUAAGUUCACAAAUGAUGCUAUUAAUUGCAAUUAAUUGUGGUCAUAGCUGGAUUGAUUAGUUUAAAAAAAAUGUAAUCGAUUGACAGCGCGAGUGCAAAUACAUUACAUUUAUAGGAAUUUUCAUUGAAAGUUCUACCUAUAUUACUACAAACACUUAUGUACAGAAAUCCCAUUAUUUUACAGACCAUUAAGCUAAAUUUCUAUGAUCAAACGCUCUCAUUGAAGUGAAAACAGGUUGUUUUUUUGUUUUUUUCACAGUGUGUCUUUCUUCCCGCCUGAUGCCAGGUGUCUGUAGCUCCGGAGCUUCAUGUGGCUCGUCAGGUUUUCUAGCAGCUUCCUGAAGCUUUUCACAAAAUCAUUUACACAUAAACAAUUUAACCUAAUUUGAAGUUUUUUGUACAUUAUCCUCCAGAAAGAGUCUUUUCUCGCAGCCUUAGGCGACUUUCACGCUAAAGAAAGGCUUGUCGACUCAGAACCGCCCAGCACUGCCGCCUGCCUUCUGCAUUUCACCUCAGUCACACACGUUUAUCUUCUGAAUGCAGUAGCGUUCAUUCAUCGUGAACUGACUCGUCUUUAGCUGCGUGUUUUUGGAGAAAGACAGCAUGCUAGAGAUUUUUUUCUUGAAUCGACUGUUUCACCAAGGCGCUCAGUUCCUUUAGUUCAAGCACUUGGUUUAAGCUGCUUCUUCUUUUUGAAUGUUACAAAAUUGUUUUUUUCUUCUUUUUGUGGCAGUUUUUCAUUGUAUUUCCAAAGCAAUGUGAUCAAUGUUAAAGUGUGAGACAAAUAAAGAACUUUUG